AUGGCCACCACUGUGGCGAUCACCGCCCAGCAACCUGAUAUCCAAUACCUCCCGGACGUCGACAAAUGGCACGCUCGCACCGAGCGUCGUCUACGCCUUGAAACACUUGCCACUGACCUCCCUACCGACUUCCCAAGAAAGCUUGACUCAGAUUUAGUCUGGGAUGGUAAAGACAUCGCAGAACGGUACAACUGGACCUAUGUCCCAACCGAUGCCGAUCGCGAGGAGAUUGACGCUGCAGUGCAGCAUAUCAGGUCACUAAACAAACCCCUGGGCUUCAUCAAUCCCGAGUCCUUCCCUCUACCCACGCUACACUCGACGUUGCGUGAUAUCUCGCGCGAGCUUCACAACGGAUACGGAUUCAAGGUCGUCAGCGGCGUGCCCGUGGACCGGUACUCGCGCGAAGAGAACAUCAUUAUCUACGUGGGAAUCUCCUCCCAUGUAGCACCGAUCCGCGGCCGCCAGGAUUCGUUCUACGACGGGAAGCCGGCCGACGUGAUGCACAACCACAUCAAGGAUCUGAGCACGCAGGCGCAGAGUAAAGGCCGCAUCGGAGCGCCUGCCUACACCACCGAUAAGCAGGUCUUCCACACCGACCAGGGAGACAUCAUCUCUCUUUUCGCCCUCAGCGCGGCCGCGGCGGGCGGCCAGAGCAAGCUAGCCAGCAGCUGGCGCGUGUACAAUGAGUUGGCGGAGAAGCGGCCGGAUCUCAUUCGCACGCUUGCGGAGAACUGGCCUCUCGAUGGAUUCGGCAACCCCCAAACCCCAUACUACGAGCGUCCGCUCCUCUUCCAUCAGGCAGCCACUAACAAGCAGCCCGAGCGCGUUCUAAUACAGUACGCUCGUCGCAGCUUCACGGGCUUCCAGGACCUGCCCAGGUCCAAAGAUAUACCUCCCAUCACUGAAGCACAGGCGGAGACCCUGGACUCGCUGCACUUCUUGGCCGAGAAGUACUCGGUUGGGCUGGACUUCCGCAAGGGCGACAUUCAGUAUAUCAAUAAUCUGAGCAUCUUCCAUGCCAGAGAUGGAUUCCAGGACACCCCAGAACAGCAACGCCAUCUGAUCCGUAUUUGGCAGCGUGACCCAGAAUAUGCAUGGGACACUCCCGGGCCGUUGGACAGGGCCUGGAAACAACUCUAUGAUGGAGUCACGCCUGAGACCCAGGUCUUCCCAUUGGAGCCCUAUAUCCGGGGUCCGGCAGCUGGUGGGAAGAAGGACUAAAUUUCUGGUGCUUGUGUCAGGC